UUUUUCGUUCCGUUGCUCUGUGUUUGCCUUGUGAACUUCAGGGUGUGUCUCGGUUCUGACUCAUUCCAGUUCUCCGGUACCGUGGACACCGCCCUUCUUCGUCAAUCACCGUUUGUUUGUGCUUUUCGUCUUCUACACCCUGACUUUGAAAAUCCACUCAUCCCAUCAUGGCAGCAAUCGGAAACCGUGGGACAGUGACUGAGGCAAGUGGCUUCAGUGCAGAAAAAGAUGUCGAGAAACUUAGGGGAGCCAUGAAGGGAACUGGCACUGAUGAGUUGGUUAUCAUCGACAUCUUGUCACAUCGUACCGUGGCCCAGAGGCAGCGCAUUAAGGAGGCUUACAAGCAGGCAAUAGGAAAGGACCUGGCUGACGAUCUUUCCUCUGAACUGAGUGGGAACUUCAGGAGUGUCGCUCUUGGUCUGCUGAUGCUGCCUCCUGUUUAUGAUGCCUAUGAGCUGAGAAAUGCAAUGAAGGGAGCAGGAACAGAAGAGGCUUGUCUCAUUGAUAUUCUGGCUUCGAGGUCAAAUGAUGAAAUAAAAGCCAUCUGUGCUGUCUACAAGAAAGAGUAUGGGAAGAGCCUGGAAGACGCCAUCUGUGGAGAUACUUCUGGAAUGUUCCAAAGGGUUCUCGUGUCUCUGCUCACGGCCGGACGGGAUGAAAGCAGUGCAGUGAACGAGGCCCAGGCUGUUCUAGACGCCAAGGAGAUCUACGAGGCUGGUGAGGCUCGAUGGGGAACGGAUGAAGUGAAAUUCCUCACUGUUCUCUGUGUCAGGAACCGAAACCAUCUGCUCAGAGUGUUUGAGGAGUAUCAGAAGAUUUCUGGAAGAGACAUUGAGGAAAGCAUCAAGAGGGAGAUGUCUGGAAGCUUAGAGGACAUAUUCCUGGCCAUCGUGAAAUGCAUGAAGAACAAGCCUGCAUUCUUUGCUGAACGACUGUACAAGUCAAUGAAGGGUCUGGGUACCACAGAUAGCGUCCUGGUCAGAAUAAUGGUGGCUAGAGCUGAGAUUGACAUGUUGGAUAUAAAGGCAGAGUUUCUGAAAAUGUACAGCAAGACUCUCUUCUCCUUCAUUAAGGGAGACACAUCUGGAGACUACCGCAAAAUCUUACUGGAACUCUGUGGAGGCGAGUAACGGAUACAAAAGAAAAUGUGCCUAAGAUUUCAUCCAGCAAAUCCUGUUAUUAGUCCCCUCUUCAUACAUGACUCCCCCUCCUGUACUUUUAUGCUACGUUCAGACCGCAGGUAAAUGUGUUCCAAAUCCGUUUUUUUUUUUUUUUUGCCCAUAUGUGACCUGUACCCAAUCUGUUAAAGACAGUUUGAACAGCACUAAUCUGAUUUUUUUCUUAUCUGACCCAGGCCAUUUUCAAAUGUGGUCCUAAAUCUGAUACGUAUCUGAUAUUUUCCAAUGUGACUUCAGUCUGAACGACCAGGUUGCAUUUAUCCAACCUUUAUGUCAUUGAAAUAGAUAGAUACUUUUUAAUCCCGAAGGAAAUUCAACAAACGCGACAAAUGUCACAAUUCUGCGUCCUAGGACAAGGAGUGGCAGGAAAACCACAUUUAGUUCCGUAAACACAGUGUGUGUCUGCGUGGUCACCUAUUACAUCAGGACCUCUUUUGUGCAUGUGGCUCACUUCAGGGUCACAUUCAGUUCAUACUCAAAACGGAUAGAAGUCGCACUCAAUGUGUAAUAAGAACGAGCACACAAAAAAAAACAACUAGAUUUCACCAAAAAAUCCGAAUUGUGCAUGAAGACCUGCUGUCUGAACGUAACCUUAGAUUCUGUGUUCUAUGGCCUUUACAUUUCACUAACACUGUCUUAUUUGAUUGUUUUCAUACAAAUUAAACCAAAGAUCAGUGACCUCUUAAA